AAGUUCAAGCAGUUGCGAAGUUUUUGCUGUGUAGAACAGUUUCUAAAACUCAACUUUUCCUAGCUGGCUGGAUUUAGGAAUUGAGUUCAAUUGUUAGGAGUUUGUGCCUGUCAAAACAAACUCUUUACCAUGGCUCUCGCCAAUGCCAUGCUACCUUCAAUCUCCACAUUUGCUGUCCAGAGUAUGGAUGAAAAACAAGAUGAAAUUGUGCAUAGAUGGAAGGUGGAGCGAGACGACAGUAAUGGAGAAGGGAACGAAUUGAGGCCGCUCAUUGAAGUUGAAUUUAACGUCGUCGAGUCGGCGUCGUUAAAGAAGGACGAAGAUGAUUUAAGCAAGUUCUUGGAUUUAGAAUUUAUCCUGUCCAAUACCAUUGCAUCUGAGAAUGGGAAUAACUCUUUACACCCAUCAGCUUACCCUCUGCCUGAGACGCCCGAGAGCUGCAGUACUGUAUACGACAGCGACGGCUCCUAUCCUACGCCAAACAACUACGGUAACAGCAAUAGCUUUUCAGGAAGCCCAAGCCACAGCCUGGUCGCUGAACUCCUAACCCCAGAGCUGAACUACAACGGUUCUUGUGACAUUCAACAGGACUACAGCAUGAAGGCAAUCGUGGAUAGAAGAGAGUACACAGAGCUUAGGACGCCCAGCGUGGGGAAUCCUAGUCAGUUAUCUAUGCGCAUGGACAAUAUGCACCACAUGGGACUAAAAAUCAAAACAGAGAACCAGGAGCACUCAUGCAUGAUGGCAGCUGAAUGUAUGAGCCAGAUGAUAGACCAAAAGCCACCCCUGUUGCCCAUGCGUCACCAACAGCAUAUUCAUCAACUGCCACAUCAUGGGUUUGUUCAUCCUAGGGUACCCCAAUCGGCAUGCUUAGAAGAGAUGGUUCCAAAAGACUGCCACUCUAUUGCUGAUAUGCACACCCACCCACAUAUGGCCCUUCGUCAGCAGUACCAUUUCGGUAACUCAUAUACAAACCAUUAUGGCCACCACCAAGCCACACCUCAGUUUCACGGACAAUUCAACAUCUUUAGAGAGCCCAUGAAGGUCCAUCACCAAGGCAUGCGUGGUAUGAUGCUGACUCCUCCGUCUUCUCCGCACCUGGAAUUCUUUGCGCCUGUCUGCGCCCCAGAAGACUGCAAACCCAAACGAGGACGCCGAUCCUGGGCAAGAAAGCGGACAGCAACGCACAGCUGCGAGUUCCCGGGCUGUGGGAAGAUGUACACCAAGAGCUCUCACCUGAAAGCUCACAUGCGCACUCAUACCGGUGAGAAACCUUACCACUGUAACUGGGAAAGCUGUGGAUGGAAAUUCGCCAGGUCUGAUGAACUUACUCGCCACUACAGAAAACACACUGGCCACAGACCGUUUCAGUGCCACCUGUGCGAGAGGGCCUUCUCCCGAUCCGACCACCUGGCACUGCACAUGAAGAGACACAUGUAAAAAAGAAAGAAAGAAAAAAAACAUUUACAAAAUAAUUAUAAUAAUGUUAUGAAAUAAAUAAAGUGGCUAUUUGUAAGAGAUCACAUAUUUUGGGCAAACAAUACAUUCAUUUAUGUAUAUAAAAGUGUCACUAAAUUAAGACUAAGUAUUUAAGAAAAAAGAGCAGUUAACCUUUUUGAUGUGUUACAAAUAAUGACGUCAGCUGUGGCAUUUCUACUUUUACAAAACAGGGCGGGACCCAUGUUGUAUAUUGUUCUGUAUAGCUUUUUGAAACUGAACUUUUGUUUAUUUGUACAUUCGUUUGUGUUGUUAAUAUUGCUUACGAAAAACCACAAUUGUUUUUCUACAUGUCAAGAGGCAAAGCGAAAAAAACGUUUUCAACCGUGGGAACUAUUUAAUUAGACUACUAUAGAAUAUUUGUUGUGGCUUAACUUAAAAAAACAAAACAAAACAAACAAACAAACAAACAAACAAAAAAAAACUGUCUGUGUAUAAAAUGUUCGCUUGUCUCGUCUAGUUAAUUCCUUUACUGCCGACUCUUGGUCUGUAAAACAGAAUUGUUUUUGACGUUCUCAAGUUUCUGGUCUUUAAGAAGUUACAGAAUCCGGUACUGUUUGACUGCCUUGUUUAAUGAAGUUGUACACUUUGUAAAGAUACAUGAAUUGUAUUAUUAUUAUUAUUAUUAUUAUUAUUUAUUAUUAUUAUUAUUAUUAUUAUACUUGAAACUUUUUCAGCAGAAGUUAUUAACCACGUGUUUACUGGCCUCAUAUAGCUCUCCAAAAAGCUUGUAUUAUUAUGUAUUGUUAGUUCUAUGUAGACGAAGGCAAAACUAAAUAACUCACUUCAAAAGUGCAAUAUGUGGUGCGUAUCUUCUCCUUAUUUUAAAGUGGAUGCUUGUGUAUAGUUGGUAGAGUUAUCCAAAGAAAAUAUAUGAGAAAUGUAUGUUGCUGUGUGUUUUACUAAAAAUAAAUGUAAUAUUAAACAAAAAGACCUGUCAUGACUUGAUGUCU